UGAAAUUUCAUGAUCCAAUCUAGAAAUUGGCCAAAAGGGAUUAUUAUGUAAAACAAAACUAUAGGAACAUUCCUUAAUUCCCAGACUCUCCGUUAACAGCUACGCAACACUUAGACAUGGUUUUAAGGAGGAUCAUGUAUGCAUUACUGAAAGUUUCAUUUUUUGUCUCUUUCAUCUUACAAACAAAUGUAAUAGAUGCCGAUGAAUCAAUUGGAAAUGUCACAACUGCAAAUAAUCAUGAUAAACAAAUAAACAAAGACAAUGUUACAAACUACACUGGCUGGCAGGAUGGUUCCCCAGAUGACACAGCAUCAGAAGAAGUAAAUAAAGAUACACAUUCGCAUGGUACAAAACUGGAUGGUUAUUCAAAACCAUUUGCUAUACACCUUGGUUUUCCUAAAUCAAAAAAUACAUUGGUCAUCAAAUGGUACACACAAAAUAUGACUAACUGCACCGCUGUUGUUGAACCAGUGAAAAGCAUCGGAAAUGCAAACAUCACCACUGAAGAACUACAAGAUGGAAAAAUACAACAUACAUACACUGCUAAUAUAAAGAUAUUGAAAGAUGAAUACCAAUACAGAAUAACAUGUGGGAAAUUAUUUUCAACAAACACAUAUAAAAUUUCCAAUGAAGAGCCACUCAAUCAUGCAAACGAUCCUACUAAAUUGGCCAUAGUCCCCAAUGUCUUUAAAAGCGAUGAACAUGAAGUGUUCAGUAGAUUGAUAAGGGAAUUAGAAGAAUUGGACAUUGAUGGAUUAGCUGUUUAUGAUGGUGACGUGGAAAUGUUGCAAAACCUAAGGGCUAUAGUGACCCGACUGCCUGUUAUGAUUCUACAUGAGAUUGAUGAGAAAAUUAUUACAGUGCAUCAGAAUGUAGCAGCUAUUGAUUCCGACAUUCAUGCAGAUUCCAACACUGAAGGAUGGUAUAUAAAACUGACUAAUACACAGUUCUGUUCAACUGACAGAUUGAAUAGCAGUAUGGAGCCACAUUUUGACUUGAUAAUACACUAUUGUAACCAAACCGAGGAUGAAGACAUCCACCAAUCAAAUAAACCCUCGCAAAACACUCCCGGUGUAUGGAUUGAUAGGAUAGUUGAGGGGAUGCUACCAUCUUACGGAUUAUUGACUAUCUACAAUCAGACAAAUGCCAUGUGGCAGUUGAUUGAAUUCAAAGACAAGAGUAUUUUACGGCAACUUUGGUUUACAAGGUCAAAUUUACCAGCAUUCAAUCAGAUCAAACAUAUUAAGCCACAUGGUUUACGAAUCUCAAAUAGUUCUCUGAAGGAGACAAUGAAUGUGACUGAUACUCAACCUGUGCAGAAAUCAACUCAUAAACUAUUGAAAAACUCAAAACCCUUUAAAGCACAUUCAGUUGAGACAAUUACAUAUUUGGUGAAUGCAACAGUUUUACAAAAUAACACAUCCAAAAAGGAUACUGUAAUUACCUCCAAAGGUAACAAUACUUUGCAUAAAGUAUUGAAUGAAAUCAAUAACACUUUUAGAAAAAUGUACUAUCCCAGUAUUAAUCGUAAUUUACCAUAUUUGGGUAAAACGGACGAACGAAGUUUCACAACAGGGGCUGUGAUAACUGGUACCGUUAUCAUAGUGAUGCUCGGUAUAAUGAUCACAGGACUUGCUUGGUUGCAUUGCUACAGAAGAGAAAAGCGUAAAAAGAUAAGAAGGAACAAGAAAUCACCAAAGCGAAAACCAAGAGUUCAAUCUAAUUUACCAUAUGAAAGAUUUCUAGACUCAAGACAAGAAUUCGAUAUUGAACAGGAGCUGCCAGAUUGUUAGAGGGAAAAAUCCCUCAUAUUCAAAAAGCAAACCAUUUUUGCACUUUGAAGUGACAAUAUUAACUGAAUGUGAUAUAUAAUGUAAAAAAUAUAAGUAAAAUCUGGUGUCUAAUGUCUGCGUAGUUGGCAGUUAAAAACCAUAUUAUUUAUAUUGUAGAAAGCGCUGUAAAGUUUAUUUCAUGACUGAUUCAUAAUAAUUCUAUUCCUAUUUAUAUUAUUAAGCACAAUUUUUAACUUAUGGCAUUUACAUUAGUCAAAUGUCAGAUGUUAAUAAAAAAAAUGGUACAGAGAAUAAAUGAGCAUGUCCCAGAACUAUGACAACAAAAAAUGAUGAAUGUAUGAAAUAAUUCUUGAAUUCAAUAUUUGUAGGGAGCAUCAUAUUGGUUUAAUUUGAUUGAUAUGAAUUGCAGAGGUUUGUGUUGCAUUGCUUUUCCAAAGUUGCCCUUCUGCUUUAUCAUUUCAGUUAUAAAAAAUAUUAGAUACUACAUGUACUUACUUAUAGUAUUAUCAUUAUACAAUACUGUAUCUAGAAUGUAUAUUCUAUUGAAAUUAUUUGCCAUUGUUUAAAAAUGAGUAUACGGCUGUAUGGGUGUGACAUGUAACAAGGGAAACAUAGAAAUGGAGAUGUUUACAUUUUACAGUUUGGAUUGUAA